AGUCUGGCCACACCCAAAGCACCUCCAAAGGGACAACACGCUUUGGUGCGUCCGCCUUCAGAUAAAACCAUUUACACGGAAGAUUUGCUUGAUAAGUCUGUGUGUGCUGACUGGCUGAGGACAUCAUUUGGGUACUUCAGGGAAUCUCGACUGUAGUUUAGUAACGUUAUAGAAAAAAAGAUAUAACUUAAUUUUAAACGUAAAAAUGACGGAAGAUCAUGACUGGGACGAAGAUUUGGAAGAAGCAGACGCCGCGAUAGCAAGAGUCUUCCAACACUUGAAUGUCCACAAACAGCAUACUGGGGAAUCAGGUCGUAAUUCUGAAGUAGGGCCAUCAAAUGAAAGAGUGGACUUCGUUGCAUUGCCCUGUGGUCAUCGAAUGCCGACAGACUAUGUUGUUGCUUGGUUCAAGUAUUAUCUUAAACAGAAAAAGACUGCGUUUUCUUGCCCUCGCAAAUCCUGCAGUGUGAAUCUCUCUUAUCAGGACAUCUGUCAGCUGAUACCACUGACAGACAAACAAAGGGAAUUCCUUGAGGAGAAUCUCGCUGUACUUUUUGCUAGAAGAAUGUUUGACUUUAAAGCCUGUCCAGGAUGUCAGUCUAAUGUGGAAAGACGAGAUCGAGGUAACCUUUGUGUAAACUGCACUAUCUGCACGGCCAACCUGAAACGAAAUUACUACUUCUGCUGGAACUGCCGCAGGGAAUGGAAGGGGCCGACCAAUAAUGCUGUGCGGUGUGAAAAUAAUAACUGUGGACAGAGAAUGAGAACUUCAGAUCCACUUACACCAUGCACGCCUGAGUUUAAAAAGAAAAUGCUUCAAGAAAAGGGAGAUGAUAUAUACCCAGUAAAAGACAAAUCCACGGACAGGAAACGUUUGGCACUGCUUAUCAACAAUGUAGAAUUUAGAAACUUAAAUGACAGGGCUGGGGCAGACAAGGAUGAGCUGAGUAUGGAAGUGCUGCUUAAAGCUCUGGGUUACACUGUGAUCACACUCAGAGACCUCAGUGCACAGGGUAUGCAUGCUGCCUUGCAAGACUUCGCCCAGCGAAAGGAACACGUUAAAUCGGACAGCUGCUUUGUGGUGUUGAUGUCCCAUGGAGACGCCCGUGGAAUCUGUGGGGUUUUUGAUAAUGAAGAUGAAGAGGACAUUUUUAAAACAGAUGAAAUUUUUAAUAGCUUGAACACUCCGAACUGUGCUGGAUUGUUGGACAAGCCAAAAAUCAUCCUCAUCCAGGCGUGUAGGGGUGAUGAAGAAGGCAGUGUGUAUGUCCAGGAUGCUGUGCCGACACGCAAAAGAGCAAAAGAGCACCGUGAAAAAGACUUCUGCUGCCUGAGAUCCUGUACUCCAGAUACUGCGUCCUACAGAAACCAAGAGAGAGGCUCACAUUUCAUCCAAAACAUUGUGGAAAUAUUUAAUCAGGAUGCCCACCAGGACGACAUCGAGGAGCUCUUCAGAAAGGUCAUUAAGAAGUUUAAGAUGUCGCAUCCUUGUCAGAUGCCAUGCAAGGACAGAGCAACAUUAUCUAAGAGAUUCUACCUCUUCCCUGGCUUGUAGGACACAGCAACCACAACUUCUGACCUCAUUAACAUAAGUUAUGCGCCUCAGUAUUGUCAUCUCAGGUGUUCAUGUUUGCAGAAAACAAUGAUUUUCCACGUUCAUAUAGUCCUUGAUUAUGAAAGUAAACAGAUUUAUCUUGUAAUCCAGCUUGAAACUUGACUUAUAAAAAGAAUAUUUUACAAAUAAAGCUAAAAACAGUUGAUUAAAGCAUGGGCAAACUUAUGAGCUAGUUCUAUCAUACUUAAGUAAUGCUCUCCAUGUUAUACUAUUUUCCUACAUUUUUAU